AUGUCGCUGUUUAAUGGCAUCGCAGGCCGGCGACGAUCCGACUACGAUCCCGUGGACAAAAAGGCCCGUGGCGUGGCGAGGGGGCUUGGGGCUUCUGCCCAGCCCGGCGGCGGAGGAGGCAACCUCACCGCCGACUCGGAGCGCGAGGCGACCUUCGCCAGCGCAUUCGACUUCAAGUUCGAGACGACCGACCACGUCGACAACACGGCGGGCAACGCAGUCAAGCUCUACUGCAGCGACCACGUCGGCCACAUCGUGGAUAUUUUGAGCACCCAGGGAAAAAAAUACGGGCGGGGGGCAGGGGCUCGGGCCUGCGCCCAGGGAUACAUAACG